GGUUCUGAGGGCUGUGGUGGUGAUCCCGGACCCACUGAACCAGCAGUUUGAUGUGUAAUAUGGAGAUGGGUGUUCUGGAAAGAAGAGCUCAAACAGCCAGAAGGAGCUUCUUCAGCCUUUGCUCGUGAAUCACGGAUCUUUAUCUGCAGAUUGAGUGUUGGGUUUUACCAUUUCUGGGCGUCACCACCAACUGCAGUAGUUUCUCUUUUGUUAAUGUUUCCGCUUUAUAUUUUUAGCGACGCCACGAAGUGCAGAAUCUGCUUUGGAUUCUGCAGUCGGUGAGGGCUGAGCUGAAGAAAGCGAGAGAUCAUAGAAAUUGAACUGCACGUUGCAUCACCGUUGACAGAUCUAACAUCUCCAGGAACAACAAUGGAAGAGUUAAACAAGCUGCGUUUGCAGGAAUGGAAUGAAGAUCAUGUGAAAACCUGGUUAAAAUGUAUUGGGAUCAAAGAUGCACACGUCCAGGUAUUGUACGAGGAAGAAGUAACUGGAGCUGUGCUUGAAGUGAUUGACGAAGACUUUCUUAAAAACCUGCAAUUAAAAGGAGGUCAAAUCAAGCUGAUUUUGAAAAGAAGAAAUAUACUGUUGAACAGUCAGAGAUUAGAAAUAGCUGAUUGUAGCAAAAGGGAAGGAAAGGAUGGAGGAGACUUUUCCUCAGUACAAAACAAGCAGCAAAAGGUUCCUACUCAGAUGCCCCAGACAAAGAAUAUAGUCAGCGAAGUGAAAAGCAAGCACAACAUCACUGAGUUAGCAUCAGAUGAAGCUGAGAGUUCUGCUGCUUCACAGCCUACUGGUACGAGUGAGGACCAAAAUAUUGUGGUGGAACAUCCAUCCUCCAGUCAGUGCAAACCUUAUCCAUUUGGCGAGAACAUUAUAGAAUUUAAGUACGUAAGAAACCGAGUUCUUCCACCAGAAACUGGUGUCAUAGAUUUAAUUUGUCCGUGUCAUGAAUAUAAAUCUCUUGACAACGCUGUAAAGCUGGACAGACUAAAACUACAAAUAAAGUUUGCACGUGAAGUUAUCAGAUUUAGUUCUGGGUGCAUGAAUAUGCGAACCAAUGGUACAAUACAUUUUGGGAUCAUGGAUAGGCAAGAAAGCUCGGCGUACACACAUGGUGAAAUAAUUGGUGUACCUGUAAAAGAUCAAGACAUCUAUGUCGAUGCUUUAGAUUUGAUAGACAGAUGCUUCAAGCGUUAUUCAGACGAUGCAAAACUUUCCAUUCGACCACCCAGAUUUGUAGAAGUCAUCAGCAGGGAUGGGGGUGAGAAAAGAUUUGUUAUUGAGGUUGAUGUGAAACCGUUAAUAGACAUUGUGAGGAACAAAAUUUACAGAGUUCGACUUCCAAAUUUUAGUGAAAACAAAAACAAAAUAGAAUUUGAUAAGCUCUACAGAAUCUACAGAAGAAGUGGAGCGAACACUGAGCCAAUCAGUGAAGAAGACCAGGAUGACUUUAUUUCAAAUGUGCAGGUUAGAGACAAAAUAAGAGAAGAAGCUGAGAAUAGAAAAGAGCCCGGGAAUAACCUUUGUGACGACCAAGGAAGAAAGUUAAAACUCCUUCUAACUGGUGGCAAGAAAUACAUGAAUAACAGCCUAUGGUAUGUAAUAGUCACUAACAAAUGCAGACCAGAGGAUUUAGAGAAUUUAGAUUUCUUGUUGGACAUUAAGAUAUUUUGUGUUUUUGACUUUGAUCCUGAUUCUAAAACCGAUGGCUUUUGCAAGCAAUACCUGGAACACCAUACAGCAAAUACUCACUUCUUACAAGACUAUGCUAAUGAUGGUAACAGCACCAGUGACUUCGCAAGUCGCUUGUGCUUAUUUGAUCAAACUAGUUGGAUAUUUUGCAAUGGCCGCAAUGAUUUUGAUGGGGAUGAAAAGCCAUGUGAUGUGAGUACAUGGGUGACGAGCAGAAAGAAGCACUUGAAAAGAACAGUGUCUGUGAUUUGCAAUGAUAUUCUGCCAAAUGGUUCUUUUGUUGUGCUUUUUCUGCUGUUGUCACCAAUAGAGCAGCCAAUAGUAGACACCUUCCAUGAAUUCUAUGCAGAAAUGAAUGGCAGAAAUGACAUUAUAUGUAUUGCAGAGUGUGACAAAAAUCAUCAAAAAUGGGCAAAUCUUGCACAGGUCUCCUGCAGUAUUGAGACUAUUAACGAAAUGAGUAUUGUUGGAAUGAAACUUAGUCAUGUAAAUGACACAGUCAAGAGUAUGCAGCCAAUAUCAAAGCAGAGUGGCAGAUACUUACAAGUGUCUACAAAAGCCAUGUGUUUACUCAAAACAUCAGAUGAAGAAAGAAUGUCAUCUCUUGAGAUAUUGUGUGUGAAUCAGUGUGAAGAUUACAAAAUUGAUCCACAGGAUUCUGAGUGGAAAAUAAAAAUCACAGAGAUAGAGAGUGACUUCUAUCGUGGAGGCAAAGUCAAGUGGCUGAAUUUCUUCCUAGGAGAAAAAAAUUUUUGUGAGGAUGUUAUACAGCGGGAUGCUUACACUGAUGCGGCUAGGAUUGUAGAUGGAAUUAUGGUCAAUGGUCAGACAGUGAAGCGGUCAGUUAGCACAGUCCACAUAUUUCAUCAUUCAGGCAGUGGAGGAAGCACCGUAGCCCGACAGAUUGUGUGGAAUUUUCGGACGAAGCUGCGAUGUGCAGUUGUCAAGCAGUCAUAUCAAGCCGCAGUAGUCUGUCAGCAUGCCAUCCAACUGCUUGAGUAUGAAGAAAGUGAUAUCGAUCAGUGUAUCCCAGUGCUGCUGUUGGUUGAAGACUCUGAUGAAGACUACCUUGAUAAGAUUAAGCAGGAAUUAGGAUUUGCGAUCACAUGUAAAACAGAUAAUACUAUGAGAACCUUCUUCAUUCUUUUGAACUGCAGAAGAUCCCAUAACCCUGAAAAACAGUGCAAGAACAGACCCCUGGAAACAGUUGCUGUGACCCACAAGCUCACUCAGCAAGAAAAGAGAUCAUUUUCUGCUAAACGUAAACAACUGGAGAAACAGUUUGAGCCGGAGUUCAUACUGACAUUUGUUCUACUUAGUGACGAAUUUCCGAAGGACUACAUCGAAAAUGUUGUGAAACACUUUUUGGAAGGUAUUGACCACUCUUCUCUUGCCACUCAGUUGAUAAAAUACGUUGCUUUGCUGAAUGACUACGUGCCCAAUUCAAGCAUUUCACUAUCUCACUGUGAGGCAUUUUUGGGACUUGGUCCUCAAGUAAAUCAUCUGCGCCAGCACUGUUUCGAAUCUUCCUUGACUGACCAGGCGCGUCUUUUGUUUAUACACUUCAAUGACGAUAGCACUGAGAUACGCUCUGUACGAAUAGUACAUCCGCUGGUAGCAAAGGAAGUACUACAGCAGUUGUCACAUCAGCCUCUGAGUCAAAUUGCGAUGAAACUUCUCCAGGAAAAGGCAUUUUUCAAACACCGAUUUGCCAGAGAUGAGUUCUACAAAUCCAUCAGAAACUUGUUCUUACAACGUCACAAAAGAAGUAGAGGUGACAGCGCUGAUACGUUUUUUUCACCACUUAUUGAAGAUAUUCGCAAUAAAGAGAAAACUCCAGAAAAGGCAGUGGAAGUUUUGACACAAGGGUAUGAAAGUUUUGGGAAAGAUCCAUUUUUUGCACAGCAGCUUGCAAGACUACAAUACACACAGGAAAAUUUUAGCGAAGCCAUACUGUGGGCUGAAGAUGCAAGGAAGCAGUUACCAUUCAAUUCGUAUAUUCUGGACACUGAAGGGCAAGUGUACAGAAAAAAGCUCUUUUUGAAAUUUGAUAUAACACGUUGUCAAAGUGAAGUGGUUACUCCUGAAUUGCUGAAAGAACCAAUAGAAAUAGCCCUAAAAGCAAUUCGGUGCUUCAGAGCUGCUCAAAGGGCAUCUCAGUCAGAGUUAGAUUCUAUAAAUAACUCUGGUUUUGUAGGUGAAGUAGAAGUUGGAUGUCAUCUGCUGCAACUUCUUUCUCUGCUGAACAUCUUUUCAAAAGACGAGGAUGGGUGCUACAAAAAAUUAGUACAUUACCUGCUGGGCCAAGAGAUUCCUGAUGAAAUUCAAAAACCCUGGAGAAGCUUCCACGGCCAAUUGAAGGGCCUGCAAAAAGGAAUGUAUGAAGCACUUGAAUGGAUAUCUGAAGAUAUUAGCUAUUUUCAAACAGACAAAACUGACGACGAUGAAGAGGAAAAGAGCAAAAUAGAAGAACAUUUGCACAAUCCUAGAAAAUGGUUGACGAAAAAAGCAUCAGUAUAUGCACGCUUCUUUGCCUGCGAUUUUGCAAAACUGGAAGAAGACUUACCCCAGGAAUUCAGUUCUUUGUCUCCGUUGGUAAGACGCCUUCAAAUUUACAAGCUUGGUGGUGGAAAUGUUACAAUGAUUCUUUCACAGUUGUCGGAUCAGAAGAUUGCUCGAGCUGUUCAAAAAUUGGAAGAGAUAAUCUCCCUGUAUUCCGAAAAUCCUCAAAAAGAAAAACUGGAACUAACUGAUCUUAUUAACUACAUUAUGUGUCAUAUCACACUGAAUUGUGUUGCACCAGGGUCCCCAAAACUGGUAGAUUACCGGAAAUUACGGGACCUGAGUCUGCGAUUUCAGAAAGAAAAAGAGCUGAACAAUUCAAAUGCCUGCUUUUUACUUACACUGUUGUUUUGGCCAGAUGAAAUCUGUGACAAAGAAUCCAGUUCGGAUAAAGAGGCCAUCUUGAAGACAGCACUUACAACAAUGAAAAAAUUGUACGAAAACAAAAUUAAGAAUGUAGCACCAAGGAAAAAGCGACUCUACACUCCCUUCUUCUUAGGAAAUGGAUUUGGACUUCACAAGUUCAUUCACAAAAGUACACUUGAAAAGCUUUCGGAUAGAAGCCUAAACGAAAGAAGAUUGAAGUGGCUGACUGGUGACGUGUGGAGGAAUCCCAAUAUCAUCAAGAAAUUGAAGCGUGUAAACGGAUGGACUGAAAAGGAAAACCUUUUUGUACGUGGUCAUUGCAAACAAAGCAAGAUCAGUAUCUUGCCAUUGCAUUUUGCUUCCAUGCCUCAUGGCAAUGAGAAUGUAACCUUUUGCCUGGGGUUUACAUUCAAUGGAUUUGUUGCUUAUGAUAUCAAAGUGAAAGCUUAAACUGGAAAACUCAUAUCUAUGCUACAUUUCCUCUAAUUGCUCGCUACAUUUGGUUUUGGUUGGUUUCAGUUAUAGAAUCAUAGAAUUAUCCAGCACAAAAAGAGGCCAUUCAGCC